GAAUGACUUCCAUUUUGACUUGCACUUUUAAAAAUCUUCACAGUACAUCAAAAUGGGCCCUCAGAUUUUUUAUCAGACCUCUGAGCUGUUCUUCCCAGCUACAAGCUGCCCAAGCUGCCCAGACAAAGUCAAAGAAGACCUUAACCAAGGCCAACGUAAGGAAUAUCGUGGUGGUUGAUGGAGUUCGCAUUCCAUUUUUGCUGUCAGGCACUUUAUAUAAAGACCUGAUGCCACAUGAUUUGGCUAGAGCAGCACUUACGGGUUUGUUGCAUCGGACUAAUGUCCCAAAGGAAGUUGUUGAUUAUCUCAUCUUUGGCACAGUUAUUCAGGAAGUGAAAACAAGUAAUGUUGCAAGAGAGGCUGCCCUGGGAGCUGGCUUCUCUGACAAGACUCCUGCUCACACUGUCACUAUGGCUUGCAUUUCUGCCAAUCAAGCUAUGACUACAGGUGUUGGCUUGAUUGCUUCUGGCCAGUGUGAUGUGGUUGUGGCAGGUGGUGUAGAGUUAAUGUCUGAUAUCCCUAUUCGUCAUUCGAGGAAAAUGAGGAAAAUGAUGCUUGAUCUCAAUAAGGCCAAGACUAUGGGUCAACGACUGUCAUUGAUCUCUAAAUUCAGAUUGAAUUUCCUAGCACCUGAGCUUCCUGCGGUGGCUGAGUUCUCCACCAGUGAGACCAUGGGCCACUCUGCAGACCGACUGGCUGCUGCCUUUGCUGUUUCUCGACUGGAGCAGGAUGAAUACGCGUUGCGGUCUCACAGUCUGGCCAAGAAGGCACAGGAUGAAGGACUCCUUUCUGAUGUUGUACCCUUCAAAGUACCAGGAAAAGAUACAGUUACCCAAGAUAAUGGCAUCCGUCCUUCCUCACUGGAGCAGAUGGCCAAGCUGAAACCUGCUUUCAUCAAGCCCUAUGGCACAGUGACAGCUGCAAAUUCUUCUUUCCUGACUGAUGGCGCAUCUGCAAUGCUGAUUAUGGCGGAGGACAAAGCUCUGGCCAUGGGCUAUAAACCAAAGGCAUACUUGAGGGAUUUUGUGUAUGUGUCUCAGGAUCCAAAAGACCAACUUUUACUUGGACCAACAUAUGCCACUCCAAAAGUUCUGGAAAAGGCAGGAUUAACAAUGAGUGAUAUUGAUGCUUUUGAAUUUCACGAAGCUUUCUCAGGCCAGAUUUUGGCUAAUUUUAAAGCCAUGGAUUCUGAUUGGUUUGCACAGAACUACAUGGGUAGAAAAACCAAGGUUGGAUUACCUCCUUUGGAGAAGUUUAACACCUGGGGUGGAUCACUGUCCUUGGGACACCCAUUUGGAGCUACUGGCUGUCGGUUGGUCAUGGCAGCUGCCAACAGAUUACAGAAGGAUGGAGGCCAGUACGGCUUGGUGGCCGCCUGCGCAGCUGGAGGGCAGGGCCAUGCUAUGAUAGUUGAAGCUUAUCCAAAAUAAUAGAUUAAGAAGCGGUGACCUGAAGUUUCUGUGAACCACUCACACUAGGCAAUGCCAUUUCAAUGCAUUAAUAAAUGACAUCUAUAGUUCCUAGCUCCUUUUAGGAAAGCUAAAUUUGUGGCCUUCUGUUAAAUAUUUUUCCGGUUAAGCCUUGCCAGUGUUCUGAGCUGUUCAUUAAUCACAACUUACUGCUCUUUCAGGGAUUUCUUCGUCACCAGAAUCUAACACAGUGAUACAUUUAAGCAAUUGUUUUUUGGUCUCUAUUUUCAUUAAACACUAAGUCAGUGGUUGCAAUUUGGAAAAGCAGCUGACAUUUGCAAAUUAUACUCAUUCCUAUUUGUAUACUAAAGUUAAGUAUUUUCUAUUAAAUACAAACCAAUGUGCCUAAAUUAAUGAUGGAAAGAUAGUUCAGAAUUUAAACCACCUUUAAAACUAGCAGUAAAUGUUUAGGUAUAUAAAUAUCAUCUUGGCCAACCUUAAUAAAGUGGAGAAGUAUU